AGGAUUAAUGGCUGACACCUUUGUGUAGCUGACUUCAAACGUUCUGAUUGGCUGCUUCAGUUCUGUUGAACAUUUAAAAGGGUUUCCUCACAGCUUCUGCAUUAGUGGUAGUAAGGGUUCUCUUCCAACAAAAAUGAUUGGUGUGGCUGCUUCAAGGGUGUGGAUCCUUGUCAUUUUGACUUCUGCAAGUAAUGGCUUCCUUGCACAAAAAGCUUUGGAUCCUCGCAGGGUUUAUGGUUCAAGCCCUCCCUCUGGUUCCAGCCAGGAAACUGCUGCUAGUGGAUUUGCACGUGCAGAGUCUGCUUCCUCAGCUGCCUCAAAUCCAUCUUUCCAAUCUGCUCCACGUGAACCCCUUAAAUAUGUCCAACCCAAUGCUCGCAUGGGACCAGUUCCUGUUCGUUACAGACCCAGUAACCCUGCUGCACCUUUACAACUAGGAUCUGAAGCCGGUUCUCCAAAAGUAUCAAGUUUUCAAAAUCCCCCAUCCCAAGUUCGUUGGGUGGUCAAUCCCCCUAGGAGAACUUCUGGUGAAACUCCCUCUUCCAGUAGUCAAAGCCUGACCUCAGAACUUCAACCAGCUGGUGUCAGUCACAAGGAUCCACAGAGUCCCAUGCUAACAGUCCAGCCAGGUGAACUGUCCUACAUGGAAAACGUGUACAACCAUGGAAACUACGACUUGGAAACAGAAGAGCGUCUCCCACCUUCCAGAUACUUUCCUGUGCGACUUCUACGCAGAAUACCCAUGAGCAGCUUCCUGCCGUUUGGUCCCUAUGUCGAUGGCUUUUGGUUUGGCCAUCCUCUUGUCGACCACCUGUUACUCAACAGGCGCCGUCCUCCAGGCACGUACACGUUCUCCAGCAGCGGUCUUGAGCAUGGGAAGAAGCACUGGCAUGACACCCACUCUGUCGGAGACGUUCCAGCAAGCAUCCAACAAUCUCAACCCUUCCCACAGUCUGAAGGCAUAAAGCAGUCUGCCCCUCGAGCCCACCGGGUUGGGAAGGCUGGUUAUGGUCUCAGUGGAGAAGUAGCUGGGUAGGACCAGGCCUAUAGUUCGUUAGCAAGGGUUCCUGCUUAAGGCCGGGGUGUCUGUCUGAGCUUACCCAGCAGGUGGAUGGAGCAGGAUGUUCUCCUGACAGCAAGAGGCUUUGAAAGUUGUAUUUUGAUGGCUUUAACUUCAGGGUUUGACUCUUCAACUGGCAAAGUGUUGUGAGCCUUGUUUGGACUCUAAUAAAGAUCUCCACUCUUCUUAAACACUG